AUGUCCGAACUGCGGCAGCGCAAGAAGGAAGCAGCAGCCCAGGUGCCGGCGUACGAGAAGGCGCCGCGGCCAGCUCCGCGCUCGACGCGGCCGGUGCACCUCGCGCUGUCGAUUGUGAUCCUUGGCUUUUUCGUCCUGUACGCGCAGCGCACCGGCAUCAGCAAACAGGGCCCAUGGACGCUCGAUAGCGGCAAGCGGCCCCUUCCCUCGUGGUACGCCGUGUGCGGCCGCGAUGGCCGCAAGGCGGUAUACACUGUACCCCCCGAGUCGGGCGUCGGCGCCGUAGAGUGUAUCGUCGUGGGCGACAAGCACGUCGUCGACACGGGCAGCCUGGCCAAGGUGCGCCGCAAGUACGGCGACAAGGCGACCAUUGGCGGCGUCGACGGCAGCCCCGCCCACAUCAAGAAGGACGGCGGCCUGCGCAUCAUCUACCUCCCUGCCGGGCACUCGCUGACCCCUGGCCUCACGGACGCGCAUGUGCAUAUCAUCGAGUACGGCAAGAGCCGCGAGCUGCCGCUGUACGGCUUCACGAACAUGGAGGACACGAUCGCCGCCGUCGAGGCGUACGUCAAGGAGCGCGGCCUCAAGAAGGGCGACUGGAUCUUCGGCAUGGGCUGGGACCACAACGCGUGGCCGGUCAAGGAGUACCCCACGGCUGCCGACCUCGACACGCCGACACUGCGCGGCAUCAACAUUGCGCUCUGGCGCGUCGACGUGCACGCCGCGUGGGUGUCGCCGCCGGUGCUCGCGCAGAUGCACAACCUGCCCGACGUGGUGACGGGCGGCGACAUUGUGCGUGAUGCCGACGGUAACCCGACGGGUAUCUUCGUCGACAAUGCGAUGUACGAGUUUGUCACGCCACUCAUGCCCCCGAUUACGGAUGAGCUGCGCCAGCGCUUCCUCGAGACGACGACGCGCGACGCGCUCGCCGUCGGCCUGGUCGGCGUGCACGACGCCAUGGCCCCGCCAGAGGACAUUGCCUUCUACCGCCGCAUGGCGAACGAGGGGGCUCUGGGCCUUCGUAUCUACACCAUGCUCCUGUGCCCUGACAAGUUUGCCUUCUGCGGCAAGGACGUCGAGCGCACCAUUGGCGCAGGCGACGACCGGUGGACACUGCGCAGCGUCAAGCUGUUUGGCGACGGCGCGCUGGGAUCGCGCGGCGCGGCCCUGCUCGAGGAGUACUCUGACCGGCCGGGAUGGAGCGGCUUCCUGCUCGCCGAUGAGGGCGUGUGGGCGCCUCUCAUCAAGAACUUUUACGACGACGGCUGGCAGGUCAACGUCCACUGUAUCGGCGACAAGGCGAACCGGGUUAUUCUGGACGCGUUCGAGGAGGCGAUCGGGGACGACAAGGAUGCGUUCCGCGCUGGGCGACACAGAAUCGAGCACGCGCAGGUGUUUGCCCCGAACGACAUUAAGCGCGCCGCGGACCUGGGCAUCAUCGGCAGCGUGCAGCCGACGCACUGCACCAGCGACAUGGGCUACGUCGAGGACCGCCUCGGCCACGAGCGCGCAAAGGGCGCGUACGCAUGGCGCACGUACCUCGAGGCCGGCGGCCGCCUGGCCCUGGGCUCCGACUUCCCCGUCGAGUCGAUCGACCCCCUCAAGGGCAUCUACGCGGCCGUCACCCGCCUGACGGAGAAGGGCGACAGCCCGCACGGCAAGGACGGGUGGUUUGGCGACCAGAAGCUCACGCGUGAGGAGGCGCUGAGGGGCUUCACGGUUGAUCCCGCGUACGCCUCCUUCUCGAACAACACGGGCUCGCUCACCCCCGGCAUGCGCUUCGACGGCGUGCUCUGGGACGACGACCUCAUGACGGUCGACAUUGGCGAGAUGCUCGACGUCAAGGCCAAGGCGACGAUCAUGGACGGGCGGAUCGUGUACGGCGAGUGGCGUGUGUAGAGCGGAGCGAGCGCAGUGGCCAAGCAUCUAGCAUAUCUAGACAAAUGCAUCAGACUAUCCAAGGUCCUUCCUUCUUUUCUCUACUGCUUCGCGGCCUGCACACCCGCGGCAUGCAGGUCGUUGAGCGUCUGGAUGACGGUCCCCUUGAACGCGUCGGCAUCAGUCACGCCGCUCGACUUCCACUCGCUGACGCUAAACUUGAUGUCCUCGGGGUCGAGGGCGUAGUUGACGCCGUAGCCGUCGGCCGUGACGGGCGCAAAGCCGCCGCGGAACUGGUCGCCGGGGGUCGUGUUGGACGUGGACAGCACAAACGUCGAGCUGAGCGCGUAGCCUGGGUCGGUGAACAGGGAUGGCGCGGCGCCCUCGUCGCCCGAGAGCUGCGCGCGCAGGCCAAGCAAGUGGCGGUCGACGCCCUGUCCGCCCGCGGCGGCAUGCGAGAGCGCAGUGUGCGUGCUCGCGGCGUUCUUGAACAGCGCGAGCUUGUCGCCGAGGCUCGCGCUGCCGUCAUCAAACGCGCGCGCAAACGCCUGUGCCGCGCUCGUGGCGGAGCGGAUCGUCUCGGUACGCCCGUGCGCGAAGCGGCGCAGCGACGCCGACUCGUACGUCGCGACCGCUUUGCCGUGGUGGCGGAGGUAGGCCGUCUGGAGGGCGACCUGGAAGAACGCGUCGGGCGACACGCCGAGGCCCUUGAUGAACUUUGCGCCGAACGGCGCGUCGCCGAACCGCAGCUUGAGGUCGGCGGCGAGCGCGCCGGCGCCCUUGCGCGCCUCGGCGAUCUGGCCCGCGACGCCGUCGCUCACGUUCCACUGCAGCACGGCGGGCGGGGGCAAGCCGUCUGCCGCGGCCGAGGGGCGCUGGUCACGCUUCUCCUUGGCGAUGGCUUCGAGCAGCAGCCGGCCCGUGGUGAGCGCGUCGACGGGCGUGUGCUCGCAGUUGACGCCGACGCGUCCGGUGGGCAGCACGACGAGCGAGAUGGCCUUGUCAAACCACCGGUUACUGCCUGCGUCCGAGUGCGUGAGCGUGUGCCAGUUCUGCGCGGGGUCGGAGAGCGUCGCGGGGUCGACGUCGACGUCGAGGCACACCCCGAAGAGCGCGCUCUCGGCGGCGUCAAGCGACGCCUUGUUCGUCGCGUCCUGGAGCAGGGCCUCGCGCGCCGAGGUCCACAGGUCGCGGUCGGCGGCCGUGAGGUUGGCGACCGCCGGCAGGGGGCCUGACGCCGCGAUCUGUGCAUCGACAGCCGCCGUUGCGGCGCGCAGCUGCGCGGCAAUCUGCUCAGUCGUCGCGCGCUGGCGCUGCGCGUUGUACACGGGCACCGCGACGCUCGUGUUGCGGUACUGCAGCAGGACGUGGCUCGCCGUGCUGGGGUACUGGUGCACGACCUUGUCGCGGCCGGGCUGCGGGAUGCGCGUGGUGCCAAACUGCCACUUGUACUGGUUCAUGCAGAGGGGCGCGCCGCGCUGGAUGUCGGGCGCGAACGUGCCCUUGUUGAUCGCGUCGUUGGCCUCGAGGAGGUGGGUCACGAGGCGCGCCGCGCGGUCAAUCUGCACGUCGGUAGGCUUGCCCUUUGUGAUCUGUGAGGUGGGCACGAGGGGGACCGCGGCGUUGUCGGCCAGAAUCGCAGCCCAGUUGACGUUGAUGUACGACGGGCCGCGCCACUCGAGGUACGCCUUGUUGAGCCAGAUGUCCUCGAGCCACGAGUUGGGCGCGGCGGCGUCGACGGCGCGCAGGCGCUCCUGCAGCACUGGGCCGAGGCCAGAGGGGGACACAAACUCGUUCACCGCGGCGACGGAGCGCUUGAACUCGUCCUGCGGCAGCAGGGGCUCCAGCGACUCGAGGUAGCGCACGGCUGUGUCCUCCAGUGAAGGGAUGGGCAGGCGCGGUAGCUCGUCCUGGAAGUCGAACGUGCCCGGCCGCGUCUCGGUCGUCUUGUGCCGGCGGCAAGCGACGGCGACGCGCGC